AUGCGGCGGUGGUUUACGGGUGUGGAGAUAAUCCAGUGGCUACCGGAAAGCAAUCGAAGUUGUUGUGCUGACCUGUCACUGAACGUCACUCGUCGUUCCUGCGAAGAUGCCCCGAUUCCAGAGGAGCAGGAAACGGAGGGACAGAGGCAGCUCCACAGCUUGCUGCUCCAGCAGCUGGACACCGAGGCGGACCUGAGCCGGUGCGUGGCCAAGAAGAAAUGCUUCGCCCCCGCAGCCCUGUACAAGCCCUUCGGGGAGCAGGCUGCUGGCGUGAGGAGCCUGUCCCAGUUUCGGGCUCUGCAGGACAAGGAGCAGGAGCUGGCAGGCCUCAGGGAGCUUGGCCUCACCGACGCAGAGAUAGAGCUGUGGAGGAGCCGGGACACGCCGGAGGCAGGGGAGAAAAGCAGAGGAGUGUGUGCAGCCCCGGGUGCGAGACACCAGCGUCUGCAGAUCAUCCGAGACAAGAUCGAGGCCCGGGAGCAGCUCCUCUCGCGUCCCCAGCGUCUUUCGGCCAGCCGGCCUCUGUCCCGCAGGGAGAUGGAGAUCGAGAGGGCGCUCUUCCAGGGCAGCGACCGGCUGAACUUCCUCUCCGCCCUCUACCACCAGGAGGAUGACUCAAAGUCCAGUAGCAAGGGGCCGUCCUCCACAGAUCCUCUGGACCUUCUCUACCGGGACGUCCUGAGAGACCAGAAGCCAGGGACAGCCUCGCUUUCCGACGAAACUGAGACAGGAACCCCAGAGAGCACGUUGGUCACACAGCCCCAACCAAAAACUGACCCUGACAGACGGCAGAGCCCACAUGGCCACAGUGAUCACAGAGACUCUGACUCACAGACCCAGAGCAACACCGAUGUGGGUUCUAUCGGCUGCCAUAAUAAAGACUCUCAUCAAUCUGUAGAAGCUCAGAACGCAUUAGGCAACGCUCGUCCUCAAGACCAAGGUGGCACCACUCGAUUGGUCAGUCAGAGCAAGAUUAGCGCAAGCCAGCCUAUCAGAAGCCUGUGUUCCGUGGCCAGACAGGGUACAGGAGGUCCUCUUACAGUCAGCGGCCUGGUGGAGCAAAUACCAGAGGAGGAGAUUCGGGCGAAUCGAGAGACGGAGGAGGAGAUCCGCUGCAUCCCGCGGUUCCAGAAUUACCAGCGAGGGGAGCCCUCCAAGGUGCUGUGUGUUAAGAACCUCAGUCCGCGGGCCUCCCUGGCUCAACUGGUCUCCCUCUUCUCCCGUUUCCAGCAGCCUGAUGGGCCGUCUGUGCUGUACCGCCUGCUGACCGGAAGACUCAAGGGCCAGGCCUUUAUUACAUUUUCAGAUGUAGAAACAGCCCAAGCCGCCCUGGAGCUGGUGAAUGGGUACCGGCUGCUGGACAAACCCCUGGUGAUCGAGUUCGGGAGACAGAGGCAGGAUGGAGAGAAAGAUAAAGGGACAGAAUCCUCCCAUGCAGGGCACAGCUCCGAGUCCACAGAGCCAAGACAAGGAAAGCUGCAGGAAAGAGGCCAGGCCCUGCUUUCUGUUCCACAGGGGACUUGCCGCGAGGAGAGUGAAAAAUCACCUCUGAAAGACUUUAAUGGAUCCUCCUGAGGACUGUGAAAACAGUGUGCAGUAAAAAGUACCGCGUUAAAAUAUGUUGAUUUGACGUCAGUUGCAAGAGUCGUUUUCUUUAUCCCUUUUCAAGAGAAACAUUGUUUUGGCCCAGCAUUUUGUCAACAUUUACCCUGGAAAUGAUAUAAUGCUCACACACUCCAGUAGUGCAGAAAAGGUUGCUUUUUAUUGCAUGUGCAAGAGCUGGACCAAAAUAAAGGUUUGACCCGAAGAGGUCCUCUUCAGGUCAACAUCA